AUGGAGCCGUGCCCGUCGCUCACAUCCAACAAGAGGGUAACGCCGCCAGGGAUCGCGAUCUCGCGGAGCCUCAGCGGCCGGCAGUUCCAGUAUGGAUUCUACCGAUUCCUCGUCCUCGCGCUCACAUUCGUGGCCUACGCAUGCUACCACGCGUCGCGCAAGCCGCCAAGCAUCGUCAAGAGCGUGCUCGACCCCGAGCGAUCGAGCAGCGGUGAGAAUAAGGGCUGGUAUCCAUUCAAUGGCAGGAACGGCAAGGUCAGGCUCGGCGAGGUGGAUCUCGCGUUCCUCGCCUUCUACGCCUUCGCAAUGUUCUUUGCAGGGCAUCUGGGUGACACGAUGGAUCUCAGAGUUUUUCUCAGCAUUGGCAUGGUUGGCAGUGGGAUCUUCGUGUGCCUCUUUGGCAUGGCCUACUGGUGGAACAUCCACGACUUCUACUACUUUAUGUUCGUCCAGAUCAUGGCGGGGCUGUUCCAAGCGACAGGGUGGCCAUCGGUCGUCGCCAUCGUCGGGAACUGGUUUGGAAAAUCUAAGCGAGGUCUCAUCAUGGGCAUCUGGAACGCUCACACCUCAGUUGGAAACAUCAUCGGAUCGCUCGUCGCGGCUAGCGCGCUGGAGCUCGGCUGGGGAUACUCUUUCAUCUUUCCGGGAGUUUUGAUAAUCGUAGCCGGGAUCCUGGUGUUUCUGUUCCUGGUGGUGGAGCCAGCGGACGUGGAUUUGCCGAGCCCAGCGGAGGUGGAGGCGACCGAGAACGCAACAAAGGUGGCGGUGUCGUCGAGCUCGCUGAGAAUCAGCGAACCUGCUCGAGACGACUUGGAAGCUCCUCUCAUCUCUUCGGCUCAGCAGCACAGCCGAGCAAAGAGCCCCGAGCGUGGAAAGGCCGUGGAGUUUUUACAGGCUUGGAAGAUCCCAGGAGUUCUUCCUUUUGCGUUUUGCCUGUUCUUCUGCAAGCUCGUCGCCUACACUUUCUUGUACUGGCUGCCGUUCUACAUCAAGCAGACUAGUAAGUCUACCGCAUCCCCAUUCUCAGGAGUCGGAGAGAAAUCCCUGUCGGAAAAGACUGCUGGGAACCUGUCAACACUUUUCGACAUCGGUGGAGUCUUUGGUGGGAUCCUAGCCGGCUACGCUUCGGACAGGCUCAAAGCGCGAGCAAUCACAGCGGCAACCAUGACUUACCUGGCUAUUCCAGCGCUGCUUCUCUACCACCGGUACGGAUCAACGUCGAUGGCGUCCAGCAUCGCCCUGAUGAUGAUCACGGGGAUGCUCGUCAAUGGCCCCUACGCGCUCAUCACGACCGCGGUGUCAGCCGACCUCGGAACUCACAGCUCGCUCAAGGGCGACGCGAGAGCUCUGGCAACAGUGACUGCGAUCAUCGAUGGGUGUGGAUCGCUGGGGGCGGCGAUCGGGCCAGUGUUGACAGGAUAUCUCUCCACCAGCGGCUGGGACAAAGUUUUCUACAUGCUGAUGGUGGCGGCGCUGGUGGCGGGCCUGCUGUUGACGAGACUGGUGGCGGCAGAGAUCCGGGAGAAAGUUAGCAGCUACCAUUCGCGAGGUAUGGACUCUUUCCAGUUCUUGAAAGAUGGUAAUAACGCUGCUACUGCUGCUGCGAAGCUGGAGGGUGAUCGUCUUCCUCCAGUCUAGGAUCAGGAUCUCUCUUGUUCUUGAUGAGAGUUUUUGUGGCUCCUCGGUUUUGGCAGAUUGAUCGCGAGCUAGAACAGAAGCGUUCCGUACGUCCUUGAAAAGGGACGUACGGGGAAAAGAACUUUUGUAAACUAAGUGUACUUAUUAACUGAUCUAAACCACAUUUCGAGUUCAA